AUGUUAGAGGCUCCUCCGGAGCGAGCACACCCCGGCAUCUUUCAAUCACAACCACUCAUCUCAAUUCCUCAACAAUAUGAAUGCCCGCCACAAGAGGAGUGUGAAACAUCAAUUGAUGUCUUUGACAAUCGCGAAGUUGGGCAGGAAGAUAACAGUCUAUAUGCCACGGAUACGCUCAAUUUUGAGUACUAUGGCCCGCGCAGUAUGAUGUCUUUCUACUCCCAACCUGCAGAGGACUGGGUUAUUUCCAAAGUGAAAUCGCCAGAUUACUCCAGCACUGUGAAGCGCCUCGUUCGAGAAUCGGCUCGAAUGCUCAAAAUGAGCCGUGGCACAUUGUCGACUUGCCGAGAACCAGAGCCGCCUCCAGAAGUUGCGUGGCAAUACGCGAAUGCUUACUUCGAGGAGGGACUGGACCGCGCCUUUGGCGUGGUCGAACGUACCUUAUUCGAGUCCCGGCUCCGCGCACAUUUCAGCGGCACGUACAACCCUGUCACAGAUGAUAAGGCUUGGUACGCACUACGCAAUGUCGUCUGGGCGCACGGGUGUCGGAUUCUAGGUUCUAAGACGAGAAACUUCCACCAGACCCUACAAGCCUCAUGGGCCUUCUUUCAAAACGCACUCUCUGUGCAUACUGAGACCGUCUUCCUACAUACUUCCUUGAUGGGUGUACAAGCCCUUAUAUCAAUGGCGUACUUUAGUGAGGGUAUAGGUGAAGUAUCAUUACAAUAUACAUUAUGCACGGACGCUUUGCGACUUGCGUGCUCGAAAGGACUGCACAGACAGCCUUCUAACUCCUGGAAAAUCCCGCCACAUGAGGUUAGGCAUAGGAACUGGAUAUUCUGGUCCAUUUAUUGUCUGGAGAAACAAAUUUGCUCCCGUUCGGGACGCCCAUCGAUAAUGGAUGACGACGAGAUAAGUUGCCAAGUACCUCUAAGCUCGCUUAGCGGACGACCGAGCGAUACUUUAUAUUGUCACACGCUUAUCAAAAUGAUGCAACUCGCUUCUGCAGCUAAGAAGCGGCUUUCAAGUGUGCGCGCUCUCAAGCAACCAACCGAACAGCUGCUUAAAACAAUUCGCAGCUUAAAAAAGGAUCUCGCAGAAUUAAGGUGCUCAGUGCAACAGAAAAUCUGUCUUGACGACCCGAUCGACGUUUCUCGAUUACCAGGGGGCCUUACCUUACGCCAGGCCCAAUCACUUCAAUCUCACUAUUUCUGUCUGGUGCUGGACAUUAACACUCCAUUGACCUAUCCUUGGCUAGGGGUCUCCGCUUAUGUAGCGGAUAAUAUGGCAGCUGCCGCCCAGGUCGAGGCUUCGUUUAACGAGGUGGCGCAGGUAUCACGUUCUGGUAUUCUGGCAAGUAGACAAAUAAAUAUCGACGGUGGCUGCUCUGCCUUAAUUGCACGAUACGCACCAUUGUACAGUUUCAUCAAUCUCUUCAUUCACAUUCUACGAGACACUACUCAGUCCACCGUUCAGUCAGAUCUAGUGCUUUUAGAUAUUGCGUUAGGAUACUUCUCUAACCUUGAAUUUGUUACCGGUCUCCAAUUGCCACGCCUUUUCGUGAGAGAGUUGUGCCACUUCGCCCGCCUUGCUGUAGAGCAUAAGGAGGAAACCCAGGAGAACAGUGUCGAGCAAAUAAACAACGGAGAAAUUCGGGGCCAUGGGAGUUCUCGAACUGCAAACUUAACUGAUGCUGUGGCCCUCGACGACACAAGCACUCUUCCUUUAUUCGAAAACGACUUCUUUGGAUUCCUUCCAGCCGAGGACCUUGAAACGUGGAGCACUCUUAUUCCGUUCGAGGAAGAUGGUGGCCUGAUGAUCUAA